AUAUGUACUGAAAGCUUUAUGAUUAUUAGGUCAAGUGAAUCCUCGUAUGCCUCGAACUUUUGGUGAUGGAAUCGUUCAUGUGUCACAUUUUGAUGCUCUCGUUGAAGGCGAAGUGGAAUUACCAGAAUUGAAAUCUGAAAAAUUAGGAGAAGUUGAGCUUGCUAUUGGAAAACUUAUUGCCGACAAUCUAGUAGAAGAUGGAGCAACUUUACAAAUGGGUAUUGGUUCUAUUCCGGAUGCAGUUCUUGCCAGUUUGAGAAACCAUAAAGAUUUAGGUGUUCAUUCUGAAAUGUUUAGUGAUGGAGUUGUUGAUUUAGUAGAAUUAGGUUGUAUUACCAAUCAUCACAAGAAGAUUUGUCCGGGAAAAAUUGUAGGAAGCUUCACGAUUGGUAGUCGACGCUUAUUUGAUUUUAUGGAUGAUAAUCCAUUUAUAGUUAUGUUAGUAGUAGAUUAUGUUAACGAUAAUGUUAUCAUUGCAUCAAAUCCAAAAGUAACUGCUAUUAAUUCUUGCAUCGAAAUUGAUCUUACUGGUCAAGUGGUUUCCGAUUCUAUCGGCACUAGAAUCUAUUCAGGUGUUGGAGGUCAAGUCGAUUUUCUGAGAGGAGCUGCCAUGGCUUUCGAUGGUAAAGGUAAAGCCAUUCUAGCUAUGCCCUCGACCACAAACAAGGGUGAAUCUAAAAUUGUGCCAUUUUUGAAACAAGGUGGUGGUGUUGUUACUUCAAGAGCUCACAUUCAUUAUGCAGUCACCGAAUAUGGUAUAGCUUAUCUGUUUGGAAAGAAUAUUCGUCAGCGUGCCCAUGCACUCAUUGAAAUUGCACAUCCUAAGCACAGAGAAAGUCUGGAAAAGGCAGCUUAUGAACGUCUAAAAUGCAUGCCAUCAGCAUAAAUUUUUAGUCAAACCAUAAUCAAUGCAAAUUUUUCACCAUAGUUGAGAACUGGCUCACUAGAUCAACUGUGAUUUCGAAAAAAAAAAAAUAUUAGAAAAAAAAUUCAUAAAUUUUUUUAUAUACAUUAGAAUGAUAAAACAAAACUACUUUAUUCAAGAACAAAAAAUUCAGAGUAGGAAAAAAAUUUAAUCAAAAGUUUUAAUUUAGGUUUGCACGAGACCAUUUAUAUAUAUACAGCGAGGAAAUUUAGACAAUUUUUAAGCCAAAUAAAACUCGGAUUUGAUUACAAAUAUCUUUCUUUACUAGAAUAGGGUCCAAACUUACACAAAAGGAGAAUUUAUCAAGUAAUUGUUUUUUGUUACAACUCUUAGCAAUUGUUAAAAUUUGAUUGUUUUAACCUGUCAAAAAAUUUUCUUGUCUAAACGGGCUUUGUUGUUUUGUGUAAUUCCGAUGUAAAAAGUUGCUGCAGUUCUGAGAAAAGAGAGAUGAACACAAUAUAUUUUAAAAUCCUGUUUGUUCAUUUUACUAAGCUAACGCUCUAUCAGAGAAGAAAAAGCUAGAAUAAUAAUUGGUGUAAGCUGGAGCUUUCCCGUCCAUCCUAUCCUUUGUAACAUUUAAAAUGUUCAAUAUCAAUAAAUGGGGAAAAUGCCAAAUAAAAGUAAGCUCAUAUUUAUUUUUUUUUA